AUUUCCUCCCGGAUCUCUUCCCCGGUCGCCGGACGCCGGACGCCGCCUUCCCGCCGCCGCCGUCGCCGCAGCGUCACAGAUAAAUAAGAACAAGAUGGUGAUUAAUGGUGAUGCACCUGCAAGAGGGAGUGCAGCAGCUGCGGCAAGCUUGCGCAGACGUAGAACCACCAGCGGUGCUGCUGGAGGUGGUGGUGGCGCCAGUACAAUGCUUCAGUUCUACACUGACGAGGCUGCUGGGCGCAAGAUGUCGCCAAAUGCUGUUCUGAUCAUGAGCAUAGGGUUUGUUGCCGUCGUUGCUGUGCUCCAUGUUUUCGGCAAGCUGUACCGUUAGGUUCCAUAUGCAAGGUGCACCUUGAACAGAGGAACUCAUAGACUUAAAUAACUGCAUAGCAAAUGACUGUCGUAUCCUGAAGACAUUUCCAUAUUACCAUAUAAGUUUAUAUACCUGAUAAUAUAUACUGAGAUGAGAAGUUAAUUAUGGUCGAAUA